ACGGGAGCUCUCCUCGGAAUAUGGGCGCUCACCUCAAACACACGGGAGCUCUCCUCGGAAUAUGGGCGCUCGCCUCAAACAAACGGGAGUUCUCCUCGGAAUAUGGGCGCUCGCUUCAAACACACGGGAGCUCUCCUCGGAAUAUGGGCGCUCGCCUCAAACAAACGGGAGUUCUCCUCGGAAUAUGGGCGCUCGCCUCAAACACACGGGAGCUCUCCUCGGAAUAUGGGCGCUCACCUCAAACACACGGGAGCUCUCCUCGGAAUAUGGGCGCUCGCCUCAAACAAACGGGAGUUCUCCUCGGAAUAUGGGCGCUCGCCUCAAACAAACGGGAGUUCUCCUCGGAAUAUGGGCGCUCGCCUCAAACAAACGGGAGUUCUCCUCGGAAUAUGGGCGCUCGCCUCAAACAAACGGGAGUUCUCCUCGGAAUAUGGGCGCUCGCCUCAAACAAACGGGAGUUCUCCUCGGAAUAUGGGCGCUCGCCUCAAACAAACGGGAGUUCUCCUCGGAAUAUGGGCGCUCGCCUCAAACAAACGGGAGUUCUCCUCGGAAUAUGGGCGCUCGCCUCAAACAAACGGGAGUUCUCCUCGGAAUAUGGGCGCUCGCCUCAAACAAACGGGAGUUCUCCUCGGAAUAUGGGCGCUCGCCUCAAACAAACGGGAGUUCUCCUCGGAAUAUGGGCGCUCGCCUCAAACAAACGGGAGUUCUCCUCGGAAUAUGGGCGCUCGCCUCAAACAAACGGGAGUUCUCCUCGGAAUAUGGGCGCUCGCCUCAAACAAACGGGAGUUCUCCUCGGAAUAUGGGCGCUCGCCUCAAACAAACGGGAGUUCUCCUCGGAAUAUGGGCGCUCGCCUCAAACACACGGGAGCUCUCCUCGGAAUAUGGGCGCUCGCUUCAAACAAACGGGAGUUCUCCUCGGAAUAUGGGCGCUCGCCUCAAACACACGGGAGCUCUCCUCGGAAUAUGGGCGCUCGCCUCAAACAAACGGGAGUUCUCCUCGGAAUAUGGGCGCUCGCCUCAAACAAACGGGAGUUCUCCUCGGAAUAUGGGCGCUCGCUUCAAACAAACGGGAGCUCUCCUCGGCAUAUGGGCGCUCGCCUCAAACAAACGGGAGUUCUCCUCGGAAUAUGGGCACCCGCCUCAAACAAACGGGAGUUCUCCUCGGCACGUGGAUGCCCAGUGUCAUUUUCAGGGUGCUUUCUUGGCAGAGGGGGGUGCUCCCCCCAAAACUGGGUUCAAUGAUUCCCCUCACGUGCCCUCGGGGGGGACACACAUGCAGGCGGCUGGCAAUAGUGUUAAGACUUGGCGAGAGGAACAAAAUGGCCACCAACGCAAAGCCGUCUGCCGCGCAUGGCCUGGUGGAGGGGGGAGCGAAGCGGAGAAGCGGGCCGACAGGGAGAGGGGGGGAGGGAUGAGAGAACCGAAAAGGGGGAUUAAAUGGGAGGGGACUGGAACGCGCCGCGCCAUGACCUCUCCCUGGCGUUGCGAGGGC